AGCAAACCGAGUCCCCCUCCUAAUCUCCGGAAUGACAUCCGAACGAGAGAAAAUCAUGGAGUUCUACAUUUAAACAUGGGGAAUAAGUUUGUAAAAUUGAAUUUGAACUUUCACAUUAAGAAUAGUGCCUCCAAUUAACUUCAACUUCAUGGUUGAGAAAGAAGAAUCAACGGGCUCGGUCCGUUAUCGCCUGUGUUAGAGUGUGCCGGGUGAUGGCAAACAUGUCCGGGGAAGAGGACGGGUGUCCCGAGGCGCAGCUGGUCUCUGAAGCCGGGCCCAACUGGCUCCGCGCGGAGAACGAGCGCCUGACGCGGGAACUGAGCGAGACGAGCCGCGAGAAGAUCCAGGCGGCGGAGUACGGGCUCGCGGUGCUAGAGGAGAACCAGCAGCUCAAACAGCGCUUCGAGGAGCUGGAGAGCGAUUAUGAGAGCGUCAGACAUGAGCUGGACCAGCUCAGAGAGGCAUACGGCCAGGUUCACUCCACACAUAGGAAGGUGGCUGCAGAUGGGGAAAGCAGGGAAGAGUCCCUCAUCCUUGAGUCGGCAUCUAAAGAGGCGUACUAUGAGCAGAGAGUGCAGGAACUGCAGGCUGACCUGCGACAAACAAAAAACACCCUCACCAGCACCCAGGCGGAGAACGAACGUCUGGCCACCCUUGCACUAGAGCUGAGAGAGAAUAAUGAGAUUGUGGAGCUCCAGCGCAGUCGCCUGCGUGACGAUAUUAGAGAGUACAAGAUCCGUGAGUCUCGUCUGCUGCAAGACUACACUGAACUGGAAGAGGAGAACAUCAGCCUUCAGAAACAAGUUUCCACCCUUAAACAGGGUCAGGUGGAGUUUGAGGGACUAAAGCAUGAGAAUCGACGCUUGGAAGAGGAAGUGCAGUACAUCAACAGCCAGCUAGAGGAUGCCAUUCGGUUACGUGAAAUAGCUGAGCGUCAGCUAACAGAGGCUUUAGAAACCGUAAAGACUGAACGGGAGCAGAAAGCAGCUCUUCGAAAAGAAUUGACACAUCACAUGACCCUGGGAGACUCCCUUCUUGCCAGCUCAUUGGAUGGGCUCAAACUGAGUACAGACGAACCAAAUAACGAUGAGGCCAUUUUGGCAUUUGAAAACGGAUUAGCUAAAGUCAGUGAGGUUAACGACGAAGAUAACCGAUUGUCUUCUCCCAAAAGAGAUGGAAACAUCCGUCCCACACCAAGUCUGGUGGAUGACUUGUUAACAGAGCUGAACAUCUCUGAAAUCCAGAAACUUAAACAACAGCUCUUACAGGUGGAACGAGAGAAGGUGGCUCUACUCACCACUUUACAGGACUCUCAGAAGCAGUUAGAGCAUGCUCGAGGAGCAUUAGCUGAACAGCAGGAAGCUAUGACGAGACUUAGUGACGAUUUGGGUGUAAUGAGGAGAUUGCAGGCAGGCAAGGAGCGGCAGUCAGCCCUGGACAGUGAGCGAGAGCGGGACAGUCGAGAGGACAAUGAUGUGGACUAUUAUGAGCUGGAUAUCAAUGGGCCAGAGAUACUUCGCUGCAAGUAUGAAGUGGCCAUAGCAGAGGCAGGUGAACUGAGGGAGGAGCUUAAGGCACUAAAAUCGGAGCAUGAUGAGAUGAAGGCAGAGCAUGAGGAGGUACGGGCACGACUGGAGGGACACGUGCGUGACCUCAGUGUUCAAGUGUCUCAUUUGGAGAGCAGCAGCCGUGCAGACCGUGAUCAAGUCACUCGGUUGGAAAAGGAGCUGAAGGAAGUGAGUGCAGUUGCCGGCGAGACAGAAGGAAGUCUUAGUGUUGCCCAGGAUGAGCUUGUCGCCUUCAGUGAAGAGCUUGCAAACCUCUACCACCAUGUCUGCAUGUGCAACAACGAAACCCCGAAUCGUGUCAUGCUCGAUUUCUACAAAGAGGGUAAAGGAAACAAGACCGAAGGUAAAGAUCUUCAGUCUACUUUGACGCAAACCAGUGACAGCACAACUGAGACGCCAAGGUCUAACUCCACCGCUGCUGACAGCUUGACUUCUGUGACACCAGUCAGAGAAGAUCCAGGUCCUGAACCAAUGGACAUCUACAACCUAGUAGCUAUAAUUCGGGAUCAGAUACGCCACUUGCAGAAGGCGGUCGACCGUACCACAGAACUGUCCAGGCAAAGAGUUGCUUCUCUAGAGUUGGCCGCAGUGGCAGAUAAAGACCAAGCUGCUUGCAUGGAGGAGAUUUUAAAGCUCAAGUCCCUGCUGAGCACUAAACGAGAACAGAUUGCCACGCUGAGGACUGUGCUCAAGGCCAAUAAACAGACAGCAGAGGUUGCCCUGGCAAACCUAAAGAGCAAAUAUGAGAAUGAAAAGGCCAUGGUCACCGAAACCAUGAUGAAGUUGAGGAACGAGCUGAAGGCUCUUAAAGAAGACGCCGCUACAUUCUCCUCUCUCAGGGCAAUGUUUGCCACCAGAUGUGAUGAAUACGUAACACAAUUGGACGACAUGCAGAGGCAGCUGGCUGCAGCAGAAGAUGAAAAGAAGACUCUGAACUCUCUCCUGCGUAUGGCCAUCCAGCAGAAACUGGCCCUUACACAGCGAUUGGAGGAUCUGGAGUUUGACCAUGAGCAAUCCCGAAGAGGAUCUGGUGCUGGGCCAGGCAGCCGUGGGAAGGCUUCAUCUGGCCGUGGCAGGGGACCCUUAUCGUUUUCCAGCCCCCAUUAAUUUUAUUAGCGCUGGAGAUUAUCCGCAAAUGGUCAUUUCCCUCUUCCUUCGCUCAUCACAUACAGUACGUCCAGAAUACACAUGCCUGCUCCAAUUAUGGAAACAAGAAAUUUGUCCCUGGAUGUGGCUGCAAGAAAACACACAGGCUCACAUGUAAAGCCAACUGACCUAUGUUAUCAUGAUUCUGACUGUUUUUUUCUGCUUCAUUUUUGUUUAAUGUGCACUUUUAGUGCAUUAGUUAUGUAAGAGAUGCACAUUUCAGUAUACUUGGCACAUUUUUUGUGUUUGUGAAUUUUACGUAUUUAACUGAAAAACAAAAAUAAUAUAAGAACUGUGGUGUGUUUAUAGUAUUUUAUGCUUAACUGUCAGGUUUUAAGCAUAUUCCAGGGAGAACGAUUAUGUUAAUAAGGCCUAUAUUUGUUUCUUGUUUCUUGUGUAACUCAGUUUGAGGAACAAUAAGUUUGACUUGCUCCUGAAAAGUUUGGAGUCAAUUUCCAUAGUGGGUCAAGCAUAUGUUAAAUUCAAGACAUAAAAAAAUAUAAAUUCCAAAUUGGAAUACUUUCUACUUUUUUUGCCAAAUACUGCAUUAAGGUCAGCAUUUUGUAUUUUUACAUUGCAAUACAUACUUGUUUUAAACAUCGAUUAUCUGUUUUGUAUAACCCUCUCAUAAGACCUUCUGUGCCUUUUAUGCAACUAUUUGUUUUUGGUUUCAUAAAUAAAUCUAAGAGCCAUAGUCUUCAGUAUUUCUGUCAGUCUCGCUAUAGAUCUAGCUCACUUGGCCCACAUCUAAUUUGGACAAUUAAACACUCCUUGUGAAUGUCAACUCAGAUUGCUGGUUUAGGAGAUUUUAAAUGUUAUUAAGAAUAAGGUGUGUUCAAAUCAUACAUUCCUUUGAGGAAGUAAUGAUUUCUGAUGGCAGUCAUCAUGGCUGUCUGUUGAUGUUGUUGGUCAUUAUUGUUCUAUGCUAACCUUGCUAAUAAUUGAGUUAUUUGUUUGUAUUUCAGCAAGCAGAAAACUUUGCCUCAGAACAUUUGUGCCAUUUCAAAUUUAAGAUGUUUUAAAAUAACUUUUCCUUUUCUUUUGACUAAAAAAGUGCAAUUUUGUGCUGUUUCUGGAGUGUAUGCAAUAGUUUUCUAUUUGCUGAAACCGCUUCAUCAGCCAUGUCAUAGCUUUAUAUGACAUUGACUUUAUUUUUACACAUUUUUAUAGAAUGACCUCACGUAUUUGUUAUUAUUUAUUAAUAACCUUGGCUAUCGUUUCAGUAUUAAUGACUAGGUUUGUAUGCAUUAUUACCGGCACAUUCUUUGCAUUUCUACUUGAAAUCUGACAGGUACAAUGUAUGCUAUACUGCCUCGCCUGUUUUUUUUUUUUUUUUAUCAUUAUAAUUAUUAUGGUUUUACAGUGCUGAUGUAAAUGUUCUGCUUUUUUCUAAUCCUUUGUGCUCUGUAGUUUAUCAUGAGGAACACAUUAUAGGCCCUUGUCUGUCUUAACAUUUCUCAUUGACAAAAAAAAAAGAAGCAAAAAAAAUUAAUAAAUAAACUAAUAUAAAAUAUCA